AUGGAACAACUUGAUCAUGGUUUUCCUCCAGGAGAUGCCAAGGUUUUGAAGGCUUCAAAUCUCCACUGCUGCUGCCUAGCACAGUCCAUCUGUGAGGCUGUCUAUCAUUUCCUCCUCCUACUGCCCAGACACCACUGGUCUUCUGAUGGAUACUGGAUCAAGGCUGAACAUAAGAAUGGCCUUUCCCAGACUGCUGCCUUGGUGCUCCUUUGCAGGCUGCUAGGAAUUCAGGUCUCCAGCUUCCCUACCAAGUCAUCUCAAGAUAAUAGAAACAAAGACUUCCCUGAUGGCCCAAUAGCAAAGACUCCACACUCCCACUGCAGGAGGCCUUCUGGGAACUAG